AUGGUCUGCGCAAAGUGCGAAAAAAAGUUGGCUAAAGUUAUUUGUCCAGACAAAUGGAAAGAAGGAUCAAGAAACGUAGCAGUUGGUACAGACAGAAAGCUACAUGAGAACAAAUUAUUAAGCAAGCCCGGAAAAAGUCGGUUUAAACCAUACGAAAAUAAGUGCAAAGUUUGCAAAUCUCGAGUACAUCAAGAACAUGCUCAUUAUUGCCAAAGUUGCGCUUACAAACAAGGGAUAUGUGCUAUGUGUGGAAAACAAAUCCUUGAUACAACAAUGUAUAAGCAAAGUGCAAAAUGA